UUUUGCCUGAGCCAGUACUUAGCCCUGGCUGGUGCCGUCAGAGGACUUUGCCAGUGCUGGUAGAGCCCCUUGGUGCUCCCCUAUAGGGCAUCGGCUCCCCGCUUUACAGAGGGGUGCAGGUGAUGCCGAAAGAGGUGCAGCGACCCUCCCCGGCAAGCGGAGACGCCUUCAAGGCACCGCGCAUCAUUUCACUCCACAUAGCGCUUGGCUCGUGUGCAGUUCUCCCCCGCCCCCCGGCGCGUCGGGACGAGCACCCCAUGCAUGGAUCUGCAAACGCCUCGACGGCCUGUGGUGGCCACGGGUACCAGCUGGGGAAGACCCGCCUUGCUGCUGGUACAGAGUGCGCCGCUCGCAGGACGGGCGAGCGCUGGGAGGCGCCAGCGCCUCGGGGCUUGUUCCAGACUGGGUGGUUCUUAGGCCGAGGUUAGACGAUAGGGAAACUGAGGCACGGCGGUGGGGACGUGACUGGCCCGAGGCUGUGCAGCCGAUCGGUGGCAGAGAUUGGGCCUCAUUCCCUGCUUGUCCCUUAGCCCAUGCAGCAGCCUGGCUGGGAGCGGGGUGGCCCAAGCUUUGGUGUGGGACCCAGAAGCGCACCCCCCUGGAUUCCAGCCAUGGACAACAGCCCAGCUAAACGCUAGCGCUCGGGCGCGGGGGGCCGGGGGAGGACACUCUGGAUCCCGUCUCGGACAAGUCGAGCCGAGCGAGGGUUAAAGUUUUGUUAUGUCUGCUGCGUGGCCAAGGAUUUUCCCAGGGCCUGGAGCGGGGCCUGGGUGCGUCGCGCCCGCCCGUGACUCAGAGCCGCGGGGCGGCUGCAGAACAAUAACAAAACUCCUUUUGGGGAGUGUCUGGGGCCGCUGGGCUGGGUCUGGAGCCAUGAACGCCGGGGGGGGGGAGGAUGCUGAGGGCCCCCCGGCACCCAGACACUCCCCCCCUCUCUUGGCGCGGCAGGGCUGCGUGCUGCGUGGCUGAGUUAGACUCAACAGGAAAGCCCUCGCCGUGGCAUUCCCGGGGGCCAAGCAGCACCAUGUCCCUGAACCCCCCCACCAGCAACGACGCCUGCCUGAGCAUCGUCCACAGCCUCAUGUGCCACCGGCAGGGCGGGGAGAACGAGACCUUCGCCAAGCGGGCGAUCGAGAGCCUGGUGAAGAAGCUGAAGGAGAAGAAGGACGAGCUGGACUCGCUCAUCACGGCCAUCACCACCAACGGCGCCCACCCCAGCAAGUGCGUCACCAUCCAGCGCACCCUGGACGGGCGGCUGCAGGUGGCCGGCCGGAAGGGCUUCCCCCACGUGAUCUACGCCCGGCUCUGGCGCUGGCCCGACCUGCACAAGAACGAGCUGAAGCACGUCAAGUUCUGCCAGUUCGCCUUCGACCUCAAGUACGACAGCGUCUGCGUGAACCCCUACCACUACGAGCGCGUGGUGUCGCCAGGCCUCGGUCUGAGCAUCCAGAACACAGCCCCCCCUGCCCGCCUGGUGAAGGAGGAGUUUGUCCAUGACUGUGUCCAGAUGGAGGUGCCCACGGGGCUGGGCUCCCCCGCCAGCGACCACGGCCCGGGGGCCAAGCUCCCACCCCGGGGAAUGCCCCCCGCCGAGUCCUACCGCCAGCCACUGCCCCCCCUCCAGCUGCCCGAGCCCCCCCGCGCCCCCGUAAACAUCUACCCCACCCUGCCCAUGUCACCCACGGCAGUGGCCCCCGGGGGCCCCCUGCUGUCCAUGGCACAUGGCGAGGGACUGCAGCAGAUCGGCUCCCCGCACCAGCCCAUGGCGCCCACCCCACCCCCAGCCCCACCAGCCUCGCAGCAGAACGGCUACCCCGCGCCCCCCAAGCAGUCCUACCACAGCACGACAGCCAGCUGGACGGGGAGCAGCACAGCGGUCUACACCCCCAGCCUGGGGGGCCAGCAGCCCACCCCCGCACCGCCCCCUCCACCGCCGCCGCAGCAGAACGGACGGAGCCACCCGCAGCCCCCGCUCCAUCACCCCAACCACUACUGGCCUCCGCACCAUAACGCGGCUCCCUACCAGCAGCCAGUCUCCAGCCACCCCGGGCCGGAGUUCUGGUGCUCCAUCGCCUACUUCGAGAUGGAUGUGCAGGUCGGGGAGAUCUUCAAGGUGCCGUCCAGCUGCCCCGUGGUGACGGUGGACGGCUACGUGGACCCCUCGGGGGGCGACCGCUUCUGCCUGGGGCAGCUCUCCAACGUGCACCGCACGGACGCCAGCGAGCGGGCCAGGCUGCACAUCGGCAAGGGGGUGCAGCUGGAGUGCCGGGGCGAGGGCGACGUCUGGAUGCGCUGCCUGAGCGACCACGCUGUCUUCGUGCAGAGCUACUACCUGGACCGGGAGGCCGGGCGCGCCCCCGGCGACGCCGUGCACAAGAUCUACCCCGGCGCCUACAUCAAGGUGUUCGACCUGCGGCAGUGCCACCGCCAGAUGCAGCAGCAGGCGGCCACGGCGCAAGCGGCAGCUGCGGCACAGGCCGCGGCGGUAGCGGGGAACAUCCCGGGGCCCGGCUCCGUGGGAGGCAUCGCACCGGCUGUUAGCCUCUCUGCUGCCGCCGGGAUCGGCGUGGACGACCUGCGGCGUCUCUGCAUCUUGCGUCUGAGCUUCGUCAAGGGCUGGGGGCCGGACUACCCCCGCCAGAGCAUCAAGCACACCCCCUGCUGGAUCGAGGUGCACCUGCACCGUGCCCUGCAGCUGCUGGACGAGGUGCUGCACACCAUGCCCAUGGCCGACCCGGGGCCCGUCAACUAGUGGGGGCACCGCCCGGCCACGCGGCUUCCAGCCUCGGCUUUAAAGGGCCGGCGCUGCCUUCCAUCCAUGAGCGUCCGUGGGGCCUUAUCUUACCAUGUGGGGUGCCCGGACUUCCCCCUCCCCCACGAUCCUGCCCCUCCCACUGAGCCCUGAACCGGCCGCCACCCUGGAGCCAAAGCGAGCCGGCCCCAUCGGAGCGCCCCGGCUGCCGGGAGUCUCUGGGCUCUGUCGAGACUCUAGCAAGGGAGAGACUGCCCAGAUCUGCUGGUCCCCUCUGGGCUCUGCCAGGGCUCGCGGUGCGCCGACCGGCCGGGGACUGUCUAGCCUGCUGGGUCUCUUCCAGCUCGGUGAUCUAGGAGGCGUUUUAUCCUUCCCUCUCCUGCUCCAUCCACCCACCCCAUCCCUCGGGCGACACUUCCUCGUCGUCUCUCCCCUUUGCCCCACGCUCGGCCAGGCGCUGCCCUGCGGGGAGGGGGUUCUGGGCUGCUCUCCCCCCUGCCCCCAUGAAAGCCCUCCCGGUCGCACUCACUUCUUGGGGUGGUUUAAUUUAAAUUGUAAUAAAAAGCCAAAUAACGAGGGCCCUACCAAAUUCACGGCCAUGAAGAACGCGUCACGGACUGUGAAAUGUGGCCUCCCGCCGUGAAAUCGGGUCUUUUGUGUGCUUUUACCCUAUGCUAUACAAAUUUCACAGGGGAGACCAGUUCUCAGACAGGAGGGCCUGGCCCCACAUGGAGUUGCGGGGGGCAUCACAUGGUUAUUUAAGGGGGGGUCGCGGUAUUGCCACCCUCACUUCUGUGCUGCCUUCAGAGCUGGGCGGCCAGAGUGGGAGCAUCGCAGAAGUAGGGGUGGCAGUACCACAACCCCCCCCAUAACCUUGCAACCCCCCCUCACACACACACACCCCUCCUGUUUGGGUCAGGACCCUACAAUUACAACACUGUGAAAUUUCAGAUUUGAAUAACUGAAAUCAUGAAAUUUACGAUUUUUUUAAUCCUAUGAUGGUGAAAUUGACCAAAAUGGACAGCGAAUUUGGUAGGGCCCUACAAAUAACUACAAGUACCAAAAAUCCCAGCCCGGCACUGCCGGGGCCUGGCCUCCUUCGCCCGCUGCAGGGAGCGUGGGUAACGGGAGAGCCUGUAGCCAGUGCCCCCUGGUGGCCAGCUCUGUAGGUGCAGCUCAUUGGCCUGCCCUACAGCUCUGCCGGUCGGCUGGGUUUGCACCGUGGGGAGCAUCUCAGUCCUGGGCCAGUUGAGGGGAAGGAGCCGCGCAAGUGACGUGCUUUCCUCCCAUGCACUGGGCCCUCUGUCAGCGGGAAUUCAGACACUUCAUGUGGCUUUUUUAAUCGUUAUUUAAAUGAUCUGGGUUUUUUCCA